CCUGGCCUCCAGUACCUGGCGCAUGUCGACCAGCUACUCGUCCAGCAGAAGGUCGAGCUGCUAGAGGUCUUCACCGGCUUCGAGACAAAAAACAAGUACGUCGUGACGAACAGCAUGGGCCAGCGGCUGUUCUACGUGGUGGAAGACACGGACUGCUGCACGCGCUGGUGCUUCGGGCCGAUACGACCGUUCGACAUCCGUGUGCUGGACUCGCAACAGCAUGAGGUGCUGCAUCUAAGCCGGCCGCUGCGCUGCCAGGGCUGCUGCUGCCCCUGCUGUCUGCAGGAGCUGGAGGUGACGGCUGGUGGCCAGGUGAUCGGUCUCGUCAAGGAGGAGUGGGCGUUCCUCAGGCCCAAGCUGACGGUGAUGCGGCCCGACGGCACUCCAGUGCUGCGCAUCGGCGGCCCCAUCUGUCAGUGCGCGCUCUGCAGCGAUGUUAGCUUCCCCGUGCUCUCCGCCGACCGCUCUCGGGAGGUCGGCAACAUCACUAAGCAGUGGAGCGGCUGCGUUAAGGAGAUGUUCACCGACGCGGAUAACAUGGGCGUCAGCUUCCCCAUGGACCUGGAGACCAACAUGAAGGCAACUCUGCUAGGUGCUCUCUUCCUGAUCGAGUUCAUGUACUUUGAACGACAGAACUAGCCGAGAGUAGCCAGACUGCUUGCGAGUAUGUCCAAAUUCAGACGGUCUAUACAGAAGGUGAAGUGUGGGCGCUCAAUCACCGAUGGCCAUGCGCAGCGGUGUUGUUUCCCACGCAGUGUGGGGGCUCGAGACCUCUCCCCAACUUUGAAAAGAAAAUGUGUAAAAUUAGAGAAAAAUCGUUUUCUUGAGUAUUCUGGUGGUAGGCUAAGAUUCGUCUCAUUGCUGAGCGUUAUGCGCGAGGUAUUUUGCACAACGCCCCCGGUUGCACCGCUGCACCACGCCGACCGCCACCUGUCGUCUGUGCUCUCACAUGUGGUACUGUGGACCGCCUGCUGUUGACGUUAAUGCCAUGCGAGCGCGGAACAGAUGCAGUCCCACGUCCUUCAAUGCCCUCGGAAAUCGGCUUGGCUGUAAUUCGGCUUUACGAUCAGUCAGCAAGCAGUGUUUGCAACCAUCCUUAAUCGGUCAUGUG